ACUUUAAAGCAGACAUGAGUCUCAGACAGGACUUGCUUAGACAGUCCGCUGUCGAGAAGAAACAGCCUACUUCGCCUCAGAGCGGGACAUUUUCGCCAGAGGACUCGGAGGAUGAGCUGGUCAACGUCGUAUCAGUACCAGGGACCCCAGCUCGUUCCCGCCCCACUUCCCGCCCGACAUCACCCACCCGCACUGGCGCGUCCAGCCGCCCCAUUCCUGGGCCUCUACAUCUCGGCGCCUCUCGAACGAAAAAGUCGACCGAUCCGGUGAGGGCGUUCCCUACCGAGGUCACGCAGCGGAUCUUCAGGCAGUUGAGUAUCAGGGAUCUGGCGAGGGCGGGUCGGGUGAGUAAGAAAUGGAAUAACAGCCAGAGUAUCAAUUAUGUUUGGUUCCAGCAUUACAGGAAGGAGAACUUCCACGACGAGAGUCUUCCACCGGGGAAGUGGACGAAGCGUGAGUCGAAACAGAACUGGCGCUCGAUGUACGGCCAGAUAGCGUCCAAUCGUGAACCGGCAGUUGGCUACUCUCGUCCAUUUGCCUCGUCUAAUCGCUCCUCCGGUUACACUACACCGACGGGCUACCAGACCCCGAAAGAGAUGCGUGAGGAGAAGUGGAAGCUGGAGAGCGAGGCGGCGGAGAAGCCGGGGAAGCUGGAGAUGAGGGAGAUGUACAAGGAGCUGGGUGGGAGGAAGGCGAAGAGUAAGGCCAAGUUGGGGGCCGUGGGUGGAUCGAACGGGGUGAGGGAUAGAGGUGGCUGGUUGGCCGGGGAUGAUGGGUACGACUAGCGGAAUGCGUGGGUAGUAGAUCUUUAUGCGCUUGGUCUUGCUUGUAUUAUUGAUAGAUUCCUCCUGGAUCGGUGUUGUGUUGUACUUCGAGCUUUGUACAGUAGAUUUUUAGCGGCGCUCUCGCCCAAUGCAAUUGAUGAAAGAUAUCACAGC